AGCAGUCCGCGUGAUGCUCCAGACGCUGUUGCUUACUUCUUCUCUGCAAUCACUCACUGAGACUCGUGACUCACGACUAUCACGACGCAUGAGCGCUAUUCGAGUCGUCCAAACACAGUGCCUGCGAUCUGGCAUUCGCUCUGUCAGCCUUGUUCGCACGCCCGUCGCCCUCUGCAGAGCGCCAUUCAUCUCCAAUACUUGUGCAUUUAGCGCGCGCACCAUCAGGAUGACUUCCUCAUCAGCCAACGCUCGAGUCAACUCGCUCGUCUCGCACUUGGGCCAGCACACGGGCAAAUUGCUGCAAGGUCAGGUGGCCAUCAUUACCGGAUCAGGUCAAGGCAUUGGCAAAGCUGCCGCACUGCUCUUUGCAGCUCAUGGCGCAAACGUGGUGGUGAGCGAUAUCGACGCUGCUAAAGCUCAAAGCACCGUCGAUGAGAUCGAAAAGAGCGAUGGCGGCAAGGCGCUCGCUUUUGCUGGAGAUGUGAUGAAGGAGAAGUUUGGUGAAGAGGUGGUCAAGGCUACGAUUGAAAAGUUUGGCAAGAUCAACCACUUGAUUCUCAACGCAGGUUUCACAAACGACAAGAUGAUCCACACGAUGGAUGAUGCCACCUUUCAAAUGAUGCUAGACUGCCACACCGUAGCUCCUUUUAGGGUGCUUCGCGCCGCAGCUCCUCACUUUAGAGUCAAAGAUCCGGAAAGGAGGGAGAAUAGGAGCAUCGUUUACGUCUCUUCCACUUCCGGCACGCACGGCAAUGUGGGACAGCUCAAUUAUGCCGCCGCAAAGGCCGGCGUCGUGGGCAUGAACAAGACGACUGCAAAGGAAUGGGGUCCAUUCGGCGUUCGGUCCAACUGCGUUGCCUUUGGCUGGAUUCAGACGCGCCUCACAGCUGCCAAGGAGGAAGGAGCUUCGAUCGAGGUGAAUGGCAAAAAGGUUGCGCUAGGUAUUCCGGGAAGAGGCAAAAAGGAUACCGCCAACGACGUCAAUGCCACGAUUGACAUUCCUCUUCGAAGACCCGGAGAGGCCGCAGAGGCUGCUUCUGCCAUUCUCUUUCUGGCCAGUCCGUUGGCCAGCUACGUUUCAGGCCAGACUCUUGAGGUCACUGGUGGUCGUGGCAUUUAGGUUGACGCGUGGAGAGAGUGCGCGGAGAGAGUGCGCAAAGAGAGUGCGCGGAGAGAUUUUGCGCUACGCGUGGAGAUAGUUCGCGCUACAGUCAAUGUGCAUGCUCCUGAAAGAUGGCAUCGCGCCCCAC